AUGGCUUUCGCAACAUCACACUCAUGUAGCGCUGUGCUGCUGAUUCUGAUCAUCAUCUCGUUCGCUAAUCCAGCUGCCGCUUUUGGCGCAGGAUACACUGCUCGAGGCUCUAAUAUUCAGGGCGUCAACUAUCGUCAUGGAGACAUUCUGAUGAACGUCUACUUCCUACAGCAUGUCCACUCGACUUUCGUCCGACAGAUCUAUUUUGGUAAUUGGUUGCGUGAUUUCAGUCAACUGAUUGAUCGCAAAGCCAUUGAGCUUGUGCCAGAGCCAGUUCUACGUGCAGUCGUCGCAAUCUUUGCUCACAUACAAUUCGGGUAUUCUACUGGAGAGUUCGAAGUCACACCAGAGCGGCUUGGCUGCUACAGGCCAGAAGAGCAUAUCGACAACCCCAAAGGAUAUGAAGGCGCUCUCGAGGGUCGGCACAAGCAGCUUCGGCUUCAAGUCCUGCCUGAAGAGAUAGCUGUUGAAAGUAACACCGGGAUGAAGAAUUAUGUCGCCAAUCAGGAAUUUACAGGCGUCAACGACACGAGUCUGGACUACAUCGAGAAACAAUUAGUCGCUGCUGUCGCCUGUGGUCGAGCCCGCGAUCCUGAAGCCUAUACACAUCUCGGAUCUGCAUUGCAUACACUUGAGGAUUUUGUUGCUCAUUCAAAUUGGCUGGAGCUUUGUAUACAGAUGCUCGGCUCCCAGAUGGGCGAGGGUCUGCCAGAGUCAGCUGCGAUGAAGAACGUCUUUACUUUUACUGGUGGUGCUGCAAACGUCAGGACUCAUCGUGGAUUAGCUGCUCCCCUUGUUACUGGCACUUUCGGUGCGCUGGACUUAUAUCAAACUCUGCUAGGUGAGGUUGACGACAAGAUUACCGCACUGAGUUUACCUGGCUUGCAACUGCGUAUGAAGGGACCACAAGAUCCGGCUUCAGGUGUGGGCAAAGCUCUGAUCAGUCUUUUGGCUGGUCUUGGCACAUCCGAUUUCACGGACGACAUCACAAGUAUCAGCAAGUCAGCCACACAAACACCAGCUGAUUGGGGUAAGCUGAACGAAGCGCCACAUCUACUAUGGGAACAGAUAUACCCCAUCUUCCGCAUACGCGAUAAGAUUGUACGUUGGGUGUACGAUCAUCUGACGGUGGAUGCUGUGGCAAAUGCUAUUGCUUCAAUAUCGACAGCUCUUGACAAGCUAGUUUACAAGACAAUUGGCUUGUUCCUAGGCCCGGUCCUGCAAAAUAUACACAAAGCGCUAGCACAACAGUCUGAACAAUUGUUGCUCAGAGAUCAAGAAGUUAGACUGCAAACAGGAGAAUCGAGUAUCUUCGAUAGUGCUUCGAAGGCUACAGAUCCGACACAUUCGCAGCUGUGUAAAGACCACUACAACCAUGAGCUGAAUGAGCUAGCAGGUCGAGUAGCCACCAAAAUAACUACCUUCACAAUCAAAAAGAUCGUCGAGUUGUGGCAGCCAGGCUCGUUGGUUGAGGUCAAACCAGCGCUGUCCUCGAUUCUUGCGACCUUGCAUCAUCCAUUCAAUUACUCGAAAGACACCGAGAUCCAGGCUCUUAUGGUUGCCGAAGUCCUGGAGUGGUGCACAUCUAAACACAAGGAAUCACCUACACUAUUUGCAUCGCUCCUGAAACGUCUCGAUCGGCCCAGCAUGGCCGCCAAGCUGGGUGAAGAGGCCGAACAGGUAGCGCACUCUCACGUGCCAGCCUUCACAGCCGCUUACACUGCGCCCAACCAGAUAGGCGGCACGACAGUCCACGACAUUGUCACAGUCGGCCUUACUGGACCACGCGCCAGCUUUGUUGAGAAGAUAAGCAAAAACAUUGAAAAGAGCAUCCAAGCUGGAAAGCUGAAAGGCUUCACCAUGGAAGACAUGGCAGGGAUCAAGAAAACAAUGGAAGCUACUCCUUCUUCUGAGGCGCCAAAUCCGAUCGAUGAGUCGCUUCUUCGUAUUCCAGGCGCGAAUCUCCUCUCAGUCUUCGACGAUAUUGACAUUGGAGAGAUUGUGUCUGCACCUGGUGCGGGAUUGAUUCUCAAAGACGCAGUCAUCAGGAUGAGGCUGUCAGACACUGAGAUGGUGAACAGAGAACAGCUUGCCGCCAGAGAGAAGUUAGGUAGUCUUGAGGAUCGGCCAGUCAAGGAGAUGCUGGAAUUGCUUGAUUUUGGAUCUCGCAAAGAAGCGGAGAAGGUAGAAGCGCACGAGGAUCGACCUGUGGAGGAGAGCAAGACCAGGAAGCUGUUGAACAAGUUGCAUAUAGGCAAGGGCUAUGAUAGUGUCAAGGAGCGAUCCUGA